GAAGUGUUUUUCGCCAUUCCCAUUCUAAAGAGAUUGAUCAUCCAUGUAAGCUGUAUCAGUAUGAGGGAUCAUGUGGACGAUCGCCUCAUUGAUAUGUCCAGCUUGACAAAACUCAAAGCACAUUGAAGUGUUUCAGCAAUAGUAAUAAGCUCCCAAACUUGUAUUGGCAGCCACUCUCCACUAAGAGGUUCGUUUUCUCAACAUCACUUAAGAGGUUAACUUUUAGUGGAUGUGAACUUCCUUGGGAAGACAUAUCAGUUUUUGUACUUAUGUUGCCAAAUCUCGAAGAUCUCAAACUUAAAAGACAAUGCAGCCUGGGAGUGAAGUGUGGAGAUUGAGUGAUGACGACAAGUUUAAAAGCCCCAAGUUGUUGUUAUUUAGCAAUAUAUAUCUCGAGCAUUGGGAAAUUUGCAGUGAUAGCUUCCCAAAUCCAAAACGCCUUGUUCUAAGGAAAUGCAAGUGUCUACCAGAAAUUCCAACAGAUUUUGGCGAAAUUUGUACUUUGGAGUCGAUUGAGUUACAAGAAAGAUUGAACAAGAGCAAGAGGAUAUGGGAAAUAAUUUCCUUAAGGUCUACAUCUAUAGCAGUCGCAGAUAUUGGAACUUAUUUUGAGGGACAACAUAUCUCGCGCAUAGCAAGAGCUUUAGUGAACUGAAAUCUUGACUGUUUUUAAAGUCAGAAUAAAGAAGUAGUUGCUGCAACAAUUCAUUAGCUAAAACCUUGAAACAGCUUAGUCAGUAACAAUAUUUUUGACACAAUUCAGAACCUAAACCCGUUGUAUGAUUCCCGAAUUCUCCAAAAUUGUUGUUGCACCUGUAUGGUAUUCUUCAAAAAGGCAUUAUUUUUGAAGUAUCUAACACACAUUUGACGAUAUUUUUGAAAAGUUCGAGCAAUGUAUGUAGCUAUAGUAUUUCUUGA